GGCGGCACCACCGUUGAUCCCAGACUCCGACGCCGACUCAUAGGAAUCUGUGCGCCCGUGCGCCGAACAGGCUCCGAGCCUUCUUCCAACGCAGCACUCUACUGUCAAGGUAACUAGGCACCAAAUAUUUUGCUGCUGGGCGAACCUUUGUCCCAGCCUGCAGAUGGAGUCAAAGUUUUUCCGGUUUCUAAAGCUUGUCGGAGUUGGCUUCAAGGCAAGGACAGAGUGCCAAGGCCGCGAGCUGUUCCUGAAACUGGGCUACAGCCAUGAGGUGCAGUUCACUGCCCCACCCUCUGUCCGCGUCUUCUGCUUCAAACCCAACAUCGUCUGCUGCACCGGCAUAGACAAGGACAGGGUGCACCACUUCGCGGGCGCAGUCCGGAGCUGCAAACCUCCGGAGGUGUACAAGGGGAAGGGGGUAUUGUACAUGGACGAAGUUGUGAAGCUGAAGCAAGGGAAGAAGCAGAAGAACGGUGCGAUGUUGAUGUUGUUUUCUCGUGCCAAGGCGAUUCAUAGUUUCCUCCAACGCAACACUUUGGAAUGCUUAUAUUCAACAGGUCCACCAAACGAAGCACCAGAUUCAGUUCUGUCAGACUUGAGCUAUGCUAUCUUCUGACUUAGUGGGUUAAGAAUACACGUAGGAAGCGUUUUGAAGGCGGCCAUUUGUUUACAUAGCGGAGGGGUGCGUUCGGCUGCCGGGAGCUGGAGCUCUACCAAAUUGUGAAGCUACCUCUGCUGCUGUAGAAUGUCUAGAUGUCUGUCUGACAA